AUGGACCGGUCAAAGCCCGUGAAGUACGGCCUCGAGAUUCGCCGCAAGCCGCAGAUCCAUCGCCCUGCGACGGCGGCGAAGCCGUUACCACCUGUGCGAGAUGCGAAGCUGCAGUCGCUGUUCGGCGACGACGACGACGAAGACGGCGUGGAGGCGGACAUCGCGAGGCAGAACCUCAAGAAGCGAAGCCAGCGUGAGACGGAGCAGCAGCACGAGGCGGCGAUGGCGGAGGACCCGUCAGUGUUUGACUACGACGGGGUGUACGACACCAUCCAUGCUGCCAGGACGUUGCGAGCCAAGGAGGCCGUGCAGAGACAGGCGCGCUACAUUCCGAACCUGUUAAAAACGACAAAGGAGAGGGAGAAGGAGAAGGAGCUGGUGCAGGAGCGGCUGCUGGCGAAGGAGAGGGCCAAAGAGGAGGAGGAGUACGCAGGCAAGGAGCGGUUUGUGACGCGCGCGUACCGGGAGAAGCUGGCUGAGAGGCAGCGGUGGCUGGCGGAGGAGAAGCGCAAGGAGGCUGAGGAGGCCGCUAACGAUGUGACCAAGCGGUCGGACCUGACAGAUCUAUACCGCAACCUGGUGGGUGGGGAUGGGGAGCAGGAAGGUGCUGAGGGGAGGGAUAGGAAGGAGAGUGGCGAGGAAGUUGCUGUUUGUCCCAGUGCGAGCAGGGAGGAUGACUUGCCACGGAGAAGCAGCCAGGAAGGUGCGGGUGAGGAUGAGACGAGACGGGCUGGUGGAGCAGGGCGUGAAGGGGGGUCUGCUGGUGGGAGGGAUGGUGGUGCUGGUGUUUCUGGUGAAGAUGGUCUGCCAGGUGUCAGUGAGUCAUUAGAGGGUGGUGAUAACAAAAGUGUGAAGGUGUUGGCAGAAGACAAGGUCAGUGAGGCCCGUGCCCGGUUUCUUACGAGGAAGAAGCAGAAGAUUGCUCCAUAA